GAACAUGUCUCGUUUUAUUUUCUUCUGUUUUUGUUUGUGCAGUCUGUUUGGUGUGUCUAGUAGUGAGUAUGUGUCAGUGACUGAAGGAGAUUCUGUGACUCUGUCUGUGGAUCUGACUGAAGUGAAAGAUGGAAUCUCCUGGAAGUUUGGAGCUAAAGAUGUUGUCAUAGCUGAGAUGAAUGCAGGGCACAAGAACAUCAGUUUAUAUGAAGAAAGAACUGAAGGGAGAUUCAGAGACAGACUGAAGCUGGAUCACACUGGAUCUCUCACCAUCAACAACAUCACACUCACACACUCCGGACUUUAUCAAGUCAUCAACACCAACACAGAGAAUCAACUCAAUAUAUUCAACAUCACUGUCUAUGCUCGUCUGCCUGUUCCUGUCAUCUCCAAAGUCUCUUCUCAAUGUUCUUCAUCAUCAUCUUCAUCAUCAUCAGAUUGUUCAGUGUUGUGUUCAGUGAUGAAUGUGUCACAUGUGAGUCUCUCCUGGUAUAAUGGAAGCCGUGAACACUCCAACAUCAGUGUGUCUGAUCUCAGCAUCAGUGUGUCUGAUCUCAACAUCAGACUCUCUCUACCUCUGGAGGUGGAAUAUCAGGACACAAACACAUACAGAUGUGUGGUCAACAAUCCCAUCACAAACCACACACAACAUCUACACAUCACUCAUGUCUGUCAGGUGUGUUCAGGUCUGAACAUCACUCAACACUGUCACAAGUGUUCAGGUUUCAUAGUUGUGAUGUGUUGUGCUGUUGUUGGACCUGUGAUGAUUGUAGCCGCACUUCUCAUCUUCUGCAGAAAACACACGCACACAACAACAACAACAAGAUCCGGCCAGUGAAGAUGAGAUCACUUACGCAGAGAAAAAAAAUCAAUGUGUGAAAUUCAACAGGACUGAAUAUUUGUGUGAUGUGUUGUCAUAAAUGGUCAGUAAUGUAAUAAUGUGAAGUGUUUGUUGUGUGUGUCUGUCAGAGAUGUGCGGUGGAGGAUGAUGUGGUGUAUUCAGGAGUCAUGAGAAAAUGAUCAAACUCUCUGUCCAUAGACGUUCAGAUUACAGUAACUAUGUCUGCUCAACACACCCGUUUAAAGUCUAUUAAAUGUCAUUGAAAUGAUGCAAUACAAGCAAACCCUGUGAUGCCAGUGAAGUAUAUUCUUUUCACUGCUGUCUUGACAUGAACUACUGAAA